AUGGCCUCCAAUAAUUAUCAAUGGCCUUCAGAAAGGUCCGGCUCGAGAAAAGCUGUUGGAGCUUAUGAAAUUGAUGCACUCGGCACCUUAACUACUCAAGUAGCUGCGUUGUCCAAAAAGCUUGAUACACUGGGAGUUCAUGCAGUUCAAAAUUCAUUAGUUGUUUGUGAGAUGUGUGGAGAUAGUCAUUCAUAUGAUCAAUGUCCAUAUAAUUCCGAAUCAGUCCAGUUCGUGGGGAAUUUCAACAGGCAGCAAAAUAACCCAUACUCCAAUACUUAUAAUCCUGGUUGGAGAAACCACCCCAACUUUUCAUGGAGUAACAAUGCAGGGCCUUCCAAUCCAAAACCCAUCAUGCCUCCUGGUUUUCAUCAACAAGCUAGACCACAAAUUUCAGAAAAGAAGUCCCAAUUGGAAGAACUCCUUUUGCAAUAUAUAUCCAAGACUGAUGCAAUAAUUCAAAGUCAAGGAGCCUCCUUGAGAAAUCUUGAGACCCAAGUGGGACAGCUCGCCAAUUCCAUCAACAAUAGACCUCAAGGUUCCUUACCCAGUGACACACAAAUCAAUCCUAAAGGUAAGGAACAAUGCCAAGCAAUCACUUUAAGGAGUGGAAAAGAGAUUGAAGGGGUGAAUCAAAAAGCAGUUGAAUCUGAGAUUGAACAUGUUGAUAAGGAAGGAAUGUGUGAGAAUGAAAUUGAAAUUCAACAAAAAGAUGAUGACAAGGCUGAAAAUAAAGGAACCUCUCAAGUCAUCCAUCCUCCACCACCUUUUCCCCAAAGACUUCAAAAGCAAAAGCUUGAAAAGCAAUUUCAGAAGUUCCUCAAUGUCUUCAAGAAAUUACACAUAAAUAUUCCUUUUGCUGAAGCUUUGGAACAAAUGCCCGAUUAUGUCAAGUUCUUGAAGACAUCCUCUCCAAAAGAGAAAGCUAGAUUGGGAAAGCAUAAAGAUGAGGAGAAAGAAGAUUAG